UUGUUUGGUUUCCAGGCAGUUGAUAUUUUCUCACUCGAUCCACCGCCCAACUCCGAAACAUCUUUGGAAGCCGAUUUUGCUAUGGAGCAAGCGGAAAAUGCGUGCAGGUUUGUGGUUUUUGGGAAACUUUUUUGAGGAAAUGAAAUGCGUUGUAAAUUUUUCUAGUGCUGAAAAUCCACGUGGCGAAAUUUUAGGCUAGAAAUUAAAGUUAAAACAUUUUUCUUAGUACAAAAAAAAUGAUUCGAAUUUUGAUGAAUUUUUUUGAGGUUGAAUUUUUCCAAAUCCAAGUUAGCAAAAAAUUUAGGCUACGAAAGUUAAGCUUGAAAUUUGUUAGCUACAAAAUUCUUAUUCGAUUUUUUUUCUGAUUUCUUCCGAAGCUAAAAUCCACGUGGAAAAAUUCUUUCAAGUUUUUUGAAAAUUUUAAUUUUUGCAUUUCUGAAAAUAACCUUGUAAAUUAUACGUUUCAAAAUUUUCAUAAUAUCUUUCGGAUUCAUAUACAUUCUGAUAUACUCGUUUAAUGCUUUGGCUGAUGAUAAAAUUAAAUUAGUUGAGAGGAAGAUUUCCUGCCAAAAACCAAAAAAAAUCAUCUCGCAGACUAAAACUUCUGCGCGCCGAUGUUGCCGCUGAUCUCCUCCCAGCCGGAUGUUCUCCCACAGAUUUGCAACCAGCUGUGAAUGUCAAGGAGAAGAUCGAAGUUAAUGGUAAGCAUUUUGGGAAAAAAUUUUAUUGCAAAAAAAAUUAGCUAGGCAUAAUUUACAACUUCAUUUUCAACACUAUUUGACGGAUAGUCGCCAGAUUCAUACAUUGGAAUUCCAGCCGAAAUGUAGAUUUGAAUCAGGCACAAAAAUAUAAAUCUGAAAUUUUAAGAAAUUCACAAAAAUCAAUAAGUAAACCAUUUAGAACUCACAUUUUCAACAAAGUCUUCAUUUUUCUUUUGACUUUUUGAGUUCCACUAACUCUCUUUUUAUAAGUACUUGUUCCUUUGGCAAACAUCAUUGAAACACAUGGUUUUUGAGUUUCUAGAAGAAAACUGACAUCAGUUGAGGAAGAAAAGAGUUCCGGAGAUAACAAAAGAUCAAGGAAGUCUAGAAGAUUUGGGUCGGGGAUCUGAGAUUUUUUUCAAGAUUUUGAGAUGCUGAUUGUUGUCUGAAACAACUUAGCGCAACUCUGAACAUGAGUUAUGACGUGGCAAAUGUUUUGUGAUUUUGGAGAAGUCCUGGAUUUGCGUUCUAUUAAAUUUCUAUAAAAAUUAUUUUUAGUUCCAAACUUUGCCACGUCAUAACUCAUAUUCAGAAUUGAGCUCAAAUUUCCUGGAAAUAAUUUCUAGACUUUUUAAAAUUCAGAAAAUCUUUAUUUCUUUAUUUUCCAUAAUCAUUAGGAUCCGUAUUCUCGUAAGAAGCUGAACUUGGAGCAGAAGCCGGCCAGCUAUGAUAAUCAUACCAAUUUUGAGCCAACGAAAUUGCAAAAAUCAUUGAGAAGAUCAGAAAUCUAAAAUUUACUUCUGAGUUUUUUUUAAUAAUGAACAAGUUAGACUAACUUACAUUUCAAGAAACUUGGCAUACAUGUUUGAAGUUAGACUAACUAAUUGUAAGUUGAUUUUUGAAAAUGUGUGUUAUUUAUACCAGAAAAGUUCCUGGGUAAACAUGAGCAAUGAAACAUGUCUAUGUUUUUUAGUGCUCGAUUCUUGAGGCAGUAUAUGUAUUUCAACAAAAAUCCGAAAAAAAAUCUUUAUUUUCCAUAAUCAGUUCCAUAUUCAUUAGAUCCAGAUUCGCCUUCAGAAGCCGCCGUUUCUCCACUCGAAUAAUCGAACCAAUUUUGAGCCCAAGAGUUUUGAGCUAGCAUCAGAAUUAAGAGCAUCACGAAAAUUCUGAAAAUUUUGGAAAUUUUUUGAGCAUUUUGAAAUGAAAUAGCACUUACAGUUGAAAGUUUCGCGACAUUUUUUUAGGAAAAAUAUAUUUGAAAGUUUUUUUUUCUAUUUUUAUAUAGUUUUUGACAUAAGUUCUACAACACACAUUAGUUGGGUAAACAUGAGCAAUGAAACAUCAAUUUUUAUUGGAGCAAAAAUAGUUUUAAAUGAGCAAUACCCUAGGUUAAUAUGAGAAAUAAUGUAGGCUAGUAUAAGAAGUACUCUAAGCUAACAUGAGCAAUAGUCUAACAAGGAAUGGUUUUCAAUGUUCCCCCAAGGAAAAAAUCGAGAGUAUGUGGAAUGUUGAGGGUUCCCGUGGGUAAGAAAAACCCUAACGGGAAUAAGGAGAAAAAUGCCUUAUUCUCGAGAAAAAAUGAAUUUUAGGUCGAUUUUUACACCAUUUUUUGAUUUUUAGAGCAUCUGUAACUCGAUUUUGAAUCUAUUUCAUGAACUUUUGAGUCGUGGAAGUUGUUCAGAAUGGUCGAUUACGUGUUUGUGAAACUUUUUAUCAAAAAAUUAGACAUUUUUUGAAAUUUGGUUUUUUUAGUCGGGGUUUUUCUGAUCAAAUGGUCACCAAAAAACACAAAAAAUAAUUUUUUCCAUUUUCAAAUGAACGGAACUUGAAAAAUUUAUGACGGUCAACAGACGUAAUUUGGUCCGUAGAAUCCAAAAAUCAUAGUCUCGAUUCACACAAACUUCUCCUUCACAACGAAAACGUUGAUUUUCUAUGAAUUUUUCAAACUGGAUUUUUGAUUUAGUGGACUUUUGGGACCAAAAUUAUUUUAUUCCUAAUUUUAGUCGAAGUAAUACUAAAGUACGCCGUUUGCGCUACAAAUGGAUUUUUAGACUGACAUUUUUCAUCAAUUUUGAAAAAAGUUUCGAUUUUUCUAAAAAAUUUCAUCGCAAAAAUCAAUAACACCAAAAUUUUCUAAAACAAGGCAUUUUUCUCCUUAUUCCCGUUAGGGUUUUUCUUACCCACGGGAACCCUCAACAUUCCACAUACUCUCGAUUUUUUCCUUGGGGGAACAUUGAAAACCUUUCCUUGUAAGCUACAAUGAACAAUAAAAACCCCACAUUUUUUUCCAGGCGAAUCCCGUCUCGUUCAAAAAAAGAAGACACUCUAUCCAGAAUGGGAAAAAUGUUGGGAUACCGCAGUGGCUGAUGGUCGAAUCCUCCAAAUCGUCCUAAUGUAUAAUAGCACACCAGUUGUUGAGGCGACAAUGAGACUUGAGGUGAGCGAAAUGAAAGAUUGUGAAGCGAAAAAAAAACUGGCGCGAAACAUUUUGAAGCCUCGCGGGAUUUGGACUUGCGUCAGAAGACGAAGAUUUUUCAUCUUUUUUGACGUUUUGAACUUUUUUUGGGUGGAGUUUGAGAGAUUUUUUGCUGAAAUUUACAGAAAUUGAGUGUUUCAGAGAGAUUUGAGGCACAAUUUUGUUUAGUCUGAAAAUUCCAGAUUCUCCCUAGAUUCUAGACUAUUUUCUGAAACUUGAAUUAAAUAAAAUUAAAUUAAAAGUUCCCUUUCUUUCCUAAUGACGAAACUAAUUUUAGGCUCUCUUUUUUUCAGCAAGAAAAAAAACAGAAAAAAAAUUAAAUUUCAAGCUAAUUUUAGGAUUUGCCUGCGUCAGCAAAAGUUUUUGUUUGUUUUUCUGGGUUGCUUGGUGAAUUUUCUUAAAAGCACUUUUUGUGUUGGAAAUUUUUUGGAAGCGAGAGAAAUUGAACUUUAUCCAAAAAAAAAGAGAUCUGAAAAACUUUUCAAUUUUGAUUUUGGGAAAAUGAACAAUUUUUGAAAAAAAUUUAUUCUGAAUUCAAUUUGAGACAAUUUAUUUUUGAGUUGAGGUUAAGCUUAGACAAUCCUUAUUUGAGAAGUCUAGAAGCUUAGGAACCUAAAAGCCUUGAAGCCUAAGCCCAGAAGCCUGAGCCCAAAAUCAUCUGAGUUUUGAGUUUUGAUUUUUCUGUUCUCAAAUCACAUCACAUCACAUCACCUGACAAAAAAACUAAAAACAUAUAAUUUCUCCCCAAAAUUAUUUUUCAUCUUCAUUUUCACUUCUGCAGCCCAAGUUUUCCCACCCACAAAAAUUCAGACAAUUUUUUUUGACCAACCGGAAAGUACUCUUUACGUCAAUGAAUAUGGCUCAUUGAGCAGCGUAGAUAGAAGAAAAAUUUCAUUUUUUUUUUGUGCUUUCUCCAAGAUUUUCGAACUCUACACCCACUUUUCUCAUUCAAUAACACAUAUACACAUAUAGGCUCUAGCUCCUCUCCAAAUUCAAACCUUAUUUUUUCUCAAGUUUUUUUUUCAUCAUCAUCAUCAUCAUCGUAGAAUAGAACUCGAUUUUAGUUUGAGCUAGACUUCUAGGCUUUUUUCUAGGCUUAGGCUUAGGCUACCCUCAAAUACAUAAAUAUUGAUUUUUGAAGCUCAAAGCUCUCUAAUUUCUCUCGCCUCUUUCAAAAAGAAAAAAUCUCCAAGCAACCCAGAAAAAAGUUUUUUUCCCAAAAAUUAGUUUGAAAUUUUUUCUGUCAUUAGAAAACUUUGAAAAAAAUUCUAGAAAAAACGUUUGGACUUUAAUUGGAGAUCCAGUGAAAUUACUCGGAAAGCCUGAAAUUUUUAAGCCCCAACAAAAUUUUCAUAGAAUCUCCAAGUUCUAAAUUUGCCACGUCAUAACUUCAUGUUUUCUAAAGAGUUACUUCAACUCCAAAAAAUUUAUUUUCAAAAUUUUGGAAUUCAAAAUUUAUUUUUUCUCGAAAGCUCAAAAUUUGCCACGUCAUAACUCAGAGAGUUCUUUCAACUCCAAAAAAUGUCAAUUUUUUGAAGUUCCUCACUCCUUUUUUUUUCGAAAUUACACCAUUUGAGACCCCCCCUCAAAAAAGGGGGCGUGGCUUAAAAGAUGCUUUGUUUUUCUCUUUUUUUUUGAAACUUCAUUUGAACUUGAAACGACUUUCUAAAAAAAAAUUUCUGAAAAUGAACGAGGAGGAGAAUAUUUUCGGAAGUAUUUAUGAGAUUUUGGAGCAGAUUUUCAAGGUAGCGUGAUUUUUUUUCAAAACAAAUUCUCCUUUUUUUCCAAUUUUUCAAUUUUUCUCGUGGAAUAACAAUUUUAUUUAUUUUUUCCCAAGCACGCCAACAAUCAUUUUUUUCGCUUCUUCUCGUAUAUUUUUUCGAAAUUUUUCCGGAAAUUGUUCGGCUGAAAAUUCGAAUUUUGGGAAUUUUUUUUUUUGAAAAAAACAGUUUUUUUGAAUUUUUUAGACAAAAGAAAUGUCUAGACAAAACCAUUUCUUUAAAAUUUUAAAUUCGAAACCAUUUUAAAAAAAAAUUUCUGUUGAAAAUUAGUCGGCCAAAUGGUGUAGCCGGUAAGUGCCUGCUCUGCUGAUUAGAAGAUCAGGGGUUUGAGUCCACCGUGCGACUCAAUUUUUUUUCGAAGAGUCGCUAGGUGGACUCGAACCCGCGACCCACAACUCAGUGACGUAUAUACUAACCGCCUGGUUACAAUGUUUUGUAUUAUUUUCUUGGCAUCGCAUUGAGCUCUACGAGCUCCAGAAUUAAGUUUUCAAAAUUUUCCAAAUAAAAUUGCCCGAUUUUCGAUUCUUAGUUACAAAAAAACAACAACAAAAAACAAAUCGCUUCAUCUUUUUUUCUUGAAAAAAAGUACAUCCGCCAAGGGAAUACACCCUCACCCUCACCAGAAAAAAACACACAUUUUUUGUGUGUUUUUUGAAUCCAACUGUGACGUCUGGAGAGAGGAAAUUUGAAACUUUUUUUCGUUUUUUCGUUUUUGAAAUUUAGAAAAAAAAAUGAAUUUCUUCCGGUCCUUUUUUCAUUCAUCGAAAUCUUUCUCGAGCAAAAAAAACGAGCAGCAGCAGCAAAAAAAAAAUAGAAAGAGCAAAAAAAGGGGCGAAAACGAGGCGCGCGAAAUUCAAUUUCGGUUCGAAAAACACAUACCCAAAAAAAAAAGUUUUUCCCCACCCCUGCUUUUUUUGUGUGGCGCUUCUUCUUAUUUAUUUUUUUUUGACAAAAAUAUUUCGAGAAAAAAUCUGAAAAUGUUGUGUCUCCCAUUUUUUUCACGGGGCUUCACGUGGAUUUUGAGCCGCUCAUCAAGAUCCUUCGUUCAAAAACUUCACAGCUCAUUUUUGAACAUGAGUUAUGACGUGGCUAUACAUAAGCUAACUCAGAUUUAAAUUUGAAAGUGAUGUUUCAAAAAUUUUUUGUCCAAAAGCUCAAAAUUCACUAGAAAACUAUUUUCCUUGUUAGCGGAAAACAUUUGUAAAUUUGAAAAUCCAAAAAAUGUUUUUUUUGCAGGACAUAAUUUCGAAAUGCAAAACUGACGCGAUCACGCACAUUUGGAUCAAUACAAAACCGGCUGGGCGAAUUUUGGCACAAACGAGACAUUUGAGGAAUGCGCGUGAGUUUUUUUUCCAAAUUUUUUUCGACAAAAAAAAUUCGAACUUGGGAAAAACAUGUUUUUUGAUGACAUGAACUUUUGAGAAAUUUGAUUUGUUUGUUUUUCAAAAAAAAAAAUUUGGAGAUCUUUGAAAGUCGAAAAAACAAACUCUAUUUUGGGAGCUCUCAAAAAUUACAGAUUUAUUCUGAAAAUUUGGAAUUUUCUGUGUCUUGCUCAAAACUCUAAAAGUUCCCAAGCUCUUCAGAAUUCAAAAUCACUGCACUUUGAGCCAAAAACUUGAUUUUUUUUCGAGAAAAAUUCACAUGACUCACAAUUUCCCUUCUGAAACUGUUCUCUUAUCUCUGAAAAAUUGUUUGUUUAUUUUUCGCCCUUUUCUGACCCACUCCAGGUCAGAAAAUGAGCCUUAUCAACAUUUUUGUCAUAUUUUUCUUUAUUUUAUUUUGCUCUCUCAAUCCAAAAAAUAGAAUAAAAUCAGAAUUUUUAUAGUUUUUUUGUUGCAAAUUUCCAACUCCAAGCCUUCAGUCUUCCAAAAUUAAUUCAUUUUGAAGAAUAUUUUUCGAACCGAGAUUGUAAACGAGAAUUUAUUUUAAUCCGAAAAAUAUUAUGAAAAUUGUGAAACGUAUAAUUUACUGGGAGGGUUUCUCACGUAAAAUUUGGAUUUUUUCAUUGAAAUUUAAAUAAAAUGGAAUACAGCAAAAAUUGGAAUUCAAAUUGUUCAAAAAUGUGUGUUUUGACCUACUCCAGGUAAAAAAAUCUAUCUUAUCAUAUUUUUUUUCUUUCAUUUUUUUCAAAUUUUUCUUGUUCUUCGCCAAAUAAUUAAAUCUCCCAUGGCCUUUCAACCCCAAAAAAAAAUCAAAGAUUUGUUCGGAAGAAGUUAGACAAACUCUUUUGCCCCCGCCUUUCGUUUUUUUUUUUCGUUUAUUUAUUAAUCCGUUGUGAAAAGUGCCUCUGGAAGGAAGGCUGUGUUGUCAUUUCUAAUUUGCAUUUCUUCUUUCGCUUUUCAGAUGUAAAAAGGAGAAAAGAAGAAAAUCUUAAUGGGUUCUUGCCAAUUUUGUCGUUACAGUAGACCAAGUUUUUUGGAGGUUUUUAUGGGAGAAAAAUCCUUUUUUUUUGGUUGAAAGUUAGAGUAACUCAAAAUUUUCUGAAGGGUUGAUGAUUUUUUAGAAGAUCUAAGGAUUUUGAAAAUUUCUGAAAGUCUGACAGUAGUCAAAACUGAAAAAUCUGGCAUUUCUAGAAAAAAAUUGAAAAUUUUCCUUCAGGAGAACCUACAGUAACUUGAACUGCCGGCUUCUUGCGAUUUUAGAAAAUAGAACAUUUUUAAUAUUUACAGUAAUCCGAAAUCUCGAAAACCUCUAAUUCUGGGAGAAUUCUGGUGACAGUAAUCCAAACUGCAAUUUCUCUCAGAUUUUUUUAGAAGAUCCAAAACUCCUACAGUAUUCCGGACUGCAAAUCGAACUAAUUUUCGAAAAAAUGAUAUCAUAUCGUAAUUUUCAAUCUCUCUCACGAGAACAACAACAUUUGUCAAACUUUUUUUUUGUUCUGUUCUGUUUGAAAAAGAUAGCCUAAUUGUAAACAUCAAAUAACUAUCUACCUAUCUAUUUAUUUACCCUUACUCCUCUUCUUUUUGGUAGAUCACAUCAUUUUUUUAUUUUCUUUGGUAUGUUUCGCGCGAAAAUUUAAAAUUCAAAAAGACAUCUGGAAGUUUAGACUCCAGAUAAACUUUCCCACUCAAAUUCUUGCUUAUUUUUUUCAAAUAAAUUCUCCUCCUCUUGUCAAUUUUAGUUAUGCCGAAUGAAAAAAAGAACAAUAGAACAUCGUCAUUGAAAUUGAUCGUUUUUGAGACGAAACACGGUGUGUGUUGAAAAAAAUACCGGUUUUUCGACUUCGCUUUUUUUGAGGCAGGGAGAAAUCUUAUCAACAUCUUCUCUCAUUUAUGUAGAUACAUACGUGUGUAAAAAGAAGAAUGAAAAAAAACAAUAAUGAUUUUGUGGGUGUCUUGAUUUAUUUAUUUUUAUUUGAAUUUAAUUUGGGGUUUUAUGUGAUUUAGGGUUGUGAAUUUUUGAAAAUUUUCAUUUUUUUUUCUUUUUGCAUUCGAAAAUUUUUUUCGCAUUUUCAAAAAUAUUCCAAAAAUGUCCCUCUCCCACUCAAUACUUUUCCGCAUCGUAAAAAAAUUCGGCAAAAUUUUUUCAUCAUUGAAAAAUUGAAUACACAUGAUUUUGAAAAUUGCAUUAUCUUUAUGGCAAAAUUUUUGAAACUUUCCAGCUGAUAACAUUUUCAUUUUGUGAUUUUUGGAAAAAAAAAUACAUUUCAUCAGUUUUCCUGACCCAAAUCCACUCAUUUUGCAGCUGAUGACGAUCACCCAGUAGAAGAUAUAAUGACAAGUCGAAGUAAUUCUGGUCCAGGUCUUCAGCGACGUCGUGGAGCUAUCAAACAUGCUCGAGUUCACGAGAUUCGUGGCCAUCAAUUCGUUGCCACCUUUUUCAGACAACCACAUUUUUGCUCAUUAUGUUCGGAUUUUAUGUGGGGUUUAAAUAAACAAGGAUAUCAAUGUCAGUUGUGUUCAGCGGCUGUACACAAGAAAUGUCAUGAGAAAGUGAUUAUGCAAUGUCCGGGAAGUGCGAAGAAUACUAAAGAGACUAUGGUUAGUGUUGGGUGGGAAUUUGGGAGCCGCAAAAUUUUUUUUUGAUCUGAAGUGCUCUUUUUAUCCUUGUGAUCUGGUAGAUCAAAAAUAUUUUAAUUUCUAAUAUUCUUAACAUUCUAAAAAUCUAGCUUUUCCUAAUGAACUUUCCAAAAAUGACGCAAAUUCGAAAACUACAAGUUUCAGAAUUUUGAAAAAAAUAUUAUAUGUUUUUCGAAAAUAUAUAUUCAAAUCUUAUUUUUAUCUAAAAAAUAUUUUUCCAAACUCAAAAAUGAUUACAAAUUGUCACGAGAAUUUUCUUUCAACCAUUUUUCAAACCUUGAAUUUAUUAAUUUCAACAAAAUUUUGAACAAAGACAAUUUUUCAACUGAAAAUUUAUGUAUUUUUGAAAUUGAAUUUUUUCGCGCGUGACCUUUUUCGAGCUGAUGAAAUUUAUUUAUUUUCAUUUUUAGAAAAAAAAAUUGGGCUGACCUAAAAAUAUUUCCAUAAUUUCAAAAUUCAAAAAAAAAUUAAGUUCAAAAUUUUGGCGUGACCUUUUUUGAUCCCCGAAAUUCAUUUCAAAUUUUGCAGGCUCUCAAAGAACGUUUCAAAGUGGACAUCCCUCAUCGCUUCAAGACCUACAACUUCAAAUCUCCCACAUUCUGUGAUCAUUGCGGUUCAAUGCUAUACGGUUUAUUCAAACAGGGUCUCAAAUGUGAGGUUUGCAACGUGGCUUGUCAUCACAAAUGCGAAAAACUAAUGUCAAAUUUAUGUGGAGUGAAUCAAAAACAAUUGUCCGAAAUGUAUCAUGAGAUUAAGCGAGGAACACAUUCGACAGCAAGUUGUCCACCGAACAUUGCAAAUUUGCAUAUAAAUGGGGAUACUCCGAAAAAUGGCUUGAACAAAUUGAAAAACCUCUUCCGAACUCAUCAAUAUAGUGUAGAAGAGCAGAAAGAGCAAGAAGAAUAUAUGGAUAAUUUGUGGAGUGGAAGUGGUGACGGACCGGUUCGAAAAUAUGCAUUACCACAUUUUAAUUUGCUCAAAGUUUUGGGAAAAGGCUCGUUUGGUAAAGUGAUGUUGGUUGAAUUGAAGGGAAAAAAUGAGUAUUAUGCGAUGAAAUGUUUGAAGAAGGAUGUGAUUUUGGAAGAUGAUGACACUGAAUGUACAUAUAUUGAAAGACGUGUUCUCAUUCUUGCCAGUCAAUGUCCGUUUUUAUGCCAAUUGUAUUGCUCAUUUCAAACUAAUGUAAGUUGUUUUGGGGAUUUGAGUUAUGACGUGGCAAUUUAAACUAGUUCUAAAAUUCUAGAAAUUCAGAAAAAGCUAUCUUUAAAACUAAAUAAUCAUUUUGAAUAAUCUUUGAAAAUUAGUUAAGACGUGGCAAACUUGGCCUAACUUAAGGUUGGACGUGAAACUAAAAAUUCUGCGUCAUCUAAAAAAUUUUCUGAAAAAAUUACCUAACGUUUGCGCUGAAAAUGUAUGGAUUCACAGCUUCAGUAACCUGGAAAUUCCCCUUGAGGCUGAAAAUUGAAACAUCUGAAAUUCCAAUUUUCCAGGAAUAUUUAUUCUUCGUGAUGGAAUACUUGAAUGGCGGUGAUUUGAUGCAUCACAUUCAACAAGUCAAAAAAUUCGACGAAGCUCGAACCCGUUUCUACGCCUGCGAAAUCGUUGUAGCUCUUCAAUUCCUCCACUCAAAUAACAUAAUCUAUCGAGAUCUCAAACUCGAUAAUGUACUUCUGGAUUGCGAUGGUCAUAUCAAAUUAGCUGAUUUUGGUAUGGCAAAAACAGAGAUGAAUCGAGAAAAUGGGAUGGCUUCCACUUUUUGUGGAACACCAGAUUAUAUCAGUCCGGAAAUCAUCAAAGGACAAUUAUACAACGAAGCUGUUGAUUUCUGGUCAUUUGGUGUAUUGAUGUAUGAGAUGUUGGUUGGACAAUCACCAUUCCACGGUGAAGGUGAAGAUGAAUUAUUUGAUUCGAUUUUGAAUGAACGACCAUAUUUCCCGAAAACAAUCUCCAAAGAAUCGGCGAAAUGUCUAUCCGCGUUAUUUGAUCGAAAUCCGAAUACUCGAUUGGGAAUGCCUGAAUGUCCGGAUGGUCCGAUUCGACAACAUUGUUUUUUCCGUGGUGUGGAUUGGAAGAGGUUUGAGAGCCGACAAGUUCCACCGCCUUUCAAACCACAGAUUGUGAGUUUUUUUAAGGGGUAGAAGUUUAGAUCAAUAAUCUCAAAAUGAAAUUUGGUAUUCACAGAAUUUUAGCACUUUUUUUGAAUGAAAAUUUACUAAUAUGAGCUAUGCUUGAAUUUUUUGAAUUGAAGAAUUUUGGAGAAAAAUCGCUGAUACUAGCUCACAUUAUAAAAAUUUGAGCAAUGCUGUAAAAUUUCCAGAAAAAGUCUUAAAGGCUUGAAAAAGCAUAAAAUGUUCCUGAACGCCUAGAAGAAAAAGAUUAAGUUCUAAACUACUCAGCUCUGUUUCGGCCCAAAAAAAUCCUGGGCUCUUAAUGAAAACUCGUGAACUCCCUUUUCAUCCAUUUUUUUCCAGAAAUCCACCUCCGACGCAUCGAAUUUCGACGACGAUUUCACCAACGAAAAAGCUCAAUUGACACCAGUCCACGACAAAAAUCUGCUGGCUUCAAUCGACCCAGAAGCAUUCCUCAACUUCUCCUACACAAAUCCACAUUUCUCCACUAAGUAA